UACUAAAUAAGAUGUCACAAAGGUAUUAGGAUGUGCGGCAAGUCACACCUGCAGAACUGUUGCAUCUAUAUCGGAGGGCUGGCCAUUAUUUUUUCGCUUGUGGAAUUUGGAUACAGAACUUACCAGUUGGCCACUAGAGGCAUUAAUAAACUGGUAUUGGGAAUAGUAAUAUGCUGGCUACUCAUUUUCCUGGCAGCAAUCGUAUUGAUUGUAGGAGCAGUAAAGAAAAAAACCUUGCUGUUGAUGAUUUGGGUGAUAGUCUCACUGGUUUGUGGAAUGAUUAUUAUUAUUCUGAAAAUUAUAAUAUAUUCCCUGUACUUUUCUAACAACCCUUAUGUUACCUACCCAAUAGUUGGCGUCUGUUUGAUAAUACUCCUUAUAUUAAUGGUAUUUCUUUUCGUGUACUAUCCCUAUGCCUACAGGCAUGAACUCCGAGAAGGGCUUUACAGAUAAAAUUGACUGGUAUUACAGCGAAUCAAAAGGGGGUUUCUUUACAGCUAAUUGCGCUAGGACUCUAAGCCAUUUUUUUGAUUAAUGAAAGUACCCACUUUUAAGCACGCAAGCUAAAUAAAUCCUCAAAUUUGUUUUUAAAA